CCAAGAUCGCCCUCAAGCAGGAACCGACUCGCCCGUUGCAUCGCUCGUCUGCGAGGAUUCCGCUGCCUUUAAUCCGAAGAAAACUCGAGUAAAAUGAAGUUCGCCGGAAUCGCCCUUAGCGUCGUGGUGGUAGUCGUAGGACUCCUUCCAGCAGGGACCCGGGCCUUCCCCCUCACCCCCUACGCCCCUAGAGUCGUGAUCCCGAUCCUGAAGGACGACCGCUCGCAGGACGCCUACGGGGGCUACUCCUUCUCCUACGGCACAGGCAACGGCAUCUACAGGGACGAGGUCGGCCGACAGAACUACGGCCAGGUCACACAGGGAGGCUGGAGCUACACCUCCCCGAGGGCGUCCCGGUCAAGAUCACCUUCGUGGCCGACCAGGGGGGUACCAGCCCUCCGGCAACGUGCUCCCCGUGGCCCCCGCCCUCCCCUACUCCAGGACGCAAGUCUACUGAAGAAGGGAGAGGUAGACUUGCGUCCUGGAGUAGGGGAGUGGGGGGCCACGGGGAGCACGUUGCCGGAGGGCUGGUACCCCCUGGUCGGCCGCGAAGGUGAUCUUGACCGGGACGCCCUCGGGGAGGUGUAG